AUGGCCGCCAUGCGUGGCGCGCUUGAUGUGAUGCGCGCGUUCAUUGAUGCUGUACCCGACAAGGAAACGUUCAUCAACAGCACCAGCUUUGGUGGCGAGAUGGCUAUUCACUUUGCCAUCGAGCAAAAGAAUCUUGAAGCCGUCAAGUUGUUGGUGGAGAACGGAGCCAGGCUAACCAGCCUGUGGGACCAAUAUGAACUCGAAGGCGACGUGGACGAAGCAGAUCCAGACAACUGGGUGGACGACGAGUUCAUUGACGAAGACGAGUACGAGUACGGAGACGCUGGAGAUGCUGUAAUGAAGCAACAGCGCACGCCACUCAUGACUGCAGCUCGCAUGGGCUCCGUUGAAAUUGUAAAUUAUCUGCUGAAGCACGACGAUGACCCCGGUUACUGUCUUGAGUACAAUCCCUUCAAGGGGGAAAACGCCGUUAAGAGCGCCACCGAUUGUGGACAUACCGAGAUCGCCAAGCUCAUCCAGGACGCCAUUGACAAGCGCACCAAAAACUAA